AUUGCCCUUGUGAUGGAUUCCUUCACAGACAUUGAGAUCUUCAGUGACCUUCAGGAUGCCUAUAACAACCGCCAAGUCCCUGUCUACAUCCUUCUUGACCAGGACUUUGUACCCCAUUUCUUGGAAAUGUGCAACAAUUUGGGAGUUUGUCCUGAGCAGGAAAGUAUGAUGAGAGUUCGAACUCUCACAGGGAGCACGUACUACAUGAGGUCAGGUGCCAAAAUUGUCGGGAAAGCCAAGGAGAAGUUCAUGUUAAUUGAUGGCAUUAGAGUGGCAACAGGCUCCUACAGUUUCACAUGGUCUGAUGGGAAGCUGAAUAGCAGCAACUUGCUGGUGUUGUCAGGUCAAGUGGUUGAACACUUUGACCUCCAGUUCAGGAUUCUUUAUGCCCAGUCACUGCCCAUCAGCCCAAAGCGACCGUCCAGCUGCAGGAACAGUGGCAUGUUUGAUCACCUGCUGACCAGAACAGAAUCCUCCAAAGAAUAUACUGUGGAAGGCAACUUGAGAGCAGAAUUUGCCAGACUGUCUAGCACUCCAAAGAAAUUGCUGGAAAAAACAGAUCAAACUGAAUAUACUGCUGCAGGAAAGCUUUGUAACCUGCAGCAUUCUUGCCUGUGUGAAGAGGAGUUGUUCAGCAAUCAAGCGACCUCAGUGGAACAGAGAAGUGCAUCAACUCAAACUGGCCCUUGGGAAGAGAUGGCAGCUGUGACCAAAUGUAAUGCAGCCACUCAGGCCAGCACUGCCACAGCAGACACUAGCACUCAGGCUUCUGUCACGGCCAGAGUGACAGGCACUCAGACAUCCAUUUUGCUGAAGACUGCAGUGACACAGACAAAGGAAGAGGAGGGCACAGAAACACCCCUCCUUCCCAGAAAGUUCUCAAAAGAAGAGUAUUUUCUGUCUGCAAAGGCCGUAUCCAGUUCUAGUCUGCAAUCACUGUCUUCAUCAUCAUCCCAGUGCUCUCUUGCAAGCUCUACAGGCUCAAUAUCCUCUCUCCGCUCCUUUGAAUAUUCCAGUAGUCACAGGGCACAAUAUUUCCAAAAACUGCACAAAGAGAGGCAGUUCCACUACUCCACCAUCAGGUCGAAGCUGAGCCACAUGGUGGAUAUCCUGUCCCGGCGGGGCCGUGUCCCUGCCAGCUACGUGAGCCAGUACCCUGGCAGGUGCAGCCUGAAGCAGAGGCGCGACAUCAGCGCCAGCCUGCGCAGCCUCCGCGACGCCUCGCUCUUCUCCCUCAAUAAAUGAUUCCUGCCCCGACCACACAACACACAAACCCCAGGCUCAAGUUGCUGUCACUUUGUACCUAAAGAUUCUUUCACUUCUGUCCAGCACUUUUAAUUCUUUAAUACUUUUUUAAUACACUACUCUCCAGCACUUUGUUUUAUACUAUGCAACGUAAGUGACGAAAAAGAGACAUUAUAUUGUAACAACUUAGAAGUUCCUCUUGCAUUAGUGGUGAAGAUCAUUUUAAUUCUGGGUAUUUAACCUCAAAACUGAACUUGAUACUGCUUUCUGGGAUUGCUAAUGCCCUAGUUUUAAUUUAUGUAAACUUGGAAAAAUCUGAGUCACACUGCUCAGAGUAGCUCUGGAGAUCUGUCUUACCUCAAAAAUUCUCAAUCUUUUUUGCAAUAUUCUACUUUAUCUUUGACAGAAGAGGAAUCAGCUUUUACAAAGAGCCAUAAAGCUGAUUUUAUUCUAACUUCUGUGGUAUAUAUGUUACUCUUCCACUAAAGUUGCAAGGAGUCUGUUGAAACAGUUACAGGUUAUCUUCAACUAUAUUAUUUUUCCAUUGUUUAAGCCUU